CAUUGUUGUUGUUUUGAUCGAAAAUGAUAAGUAAGUGAUAAGCUCAAGAGUUGGAAUUUUUUCACUAUCUCAUAAUUCACAAAUUAAUGCUGCAGUGAAACGUUUUAUUUCUUUAGAAUCUGUAUUUUUCUACCUAUUUUAUACAAGAAGGAAGCAAAUUUUCUGGACUGAAGUACUUUUAAUUUGAACUGACGGAUGUGGGGAAAGCCAGCAUGAGUGCAGGAAGUGCGAAAUGGUUCUCGAAUUGCUUCAAGUUCUCUAACUCCACCAUGAAUCGGCAUGAUUCUGAUCUUGAAAAUGUUUACCACGAAAAACAAAUCAAGGAACUAUGCGCUUUGCACGCUUUGAACAAUUUAUUUCAAGACGCAAAAUUUACCAAGGUGGAACUUGACUCUAUCUGUCUUUCCUUGGCGCCAGACGUCUGGAUCAACCCUCAUAGAUCCGUACUUGGGAUUGGCAACUACGAUGUGAAUGUGAUCAUGGCGGCCCUCAACAAGCACGGCUACGAGGCCAUUUGGUUCGACAAACGAAAGAACGCUAAUUGUCUAAAUUUGGAAGCCAUCGAAGGCUUUAUUUUGAAUGUCCCCACUCCUUGCCAGUUGGGAAUAAUACGACUGCCUCUGAAAAUAAAGCAUUGGAUAGCUGUCCGAAAAAUAAAAAGGAACUAUUACAAUCUGGACUCAAAAUUAGAUCACCCGAAACUUAUUGGACAGGAUGCAGAUUUGGUGAAAUAUUUUCAAGAAGAACUCGACAGCAAAGAGAAAGAAAUGUUUAUUGUAGUAUCUCGCGAAAAUGCCACCAAUCAAAGGUGGUUUACGGGCUCAGCAGACGUCUCAAAAACGAACCAAGAAAGCUCCUCUGCAUCCAGCCUCUCAGUCACACUCAAAAAUGAAGAAACUCGGUAGCACUUGUGAAGAUGAGUCGGUACUUUUUUAUGAUGGAGAAAAAUAAGGUAUUGGCGCAGCUCCUUUUACCUACCUGUUUUUUAUCCUCUUGUUUUUUCUCUUUGUUAUGUGGUGAAGGUACAAUUUUUUCAGCGAUUAACAUAGUCAAAAAUUUCAGCGGCGAGCUGUUAAUCAUUGUCUAUACAUUUUUUCCCGUUUGAAAGUAUGGCGAAGAAUCGAUUACUUAGGUUUACGUCCGUGGCGACGCAUACUUUAAGAUUUAUCGAUAGCCCUGCCAUUUAAACCUAUGAAAAAGGAUCGAUAAACAGGGUUUUCGCAACGAACCCUUUAUUAACCGAUUAUUUACCACAGUUUCAAAUGAGGAAAUAUCGAUAAUCGAUCAUUCCUCGCCACUGGUUUACAUCACGAACACCCUCAUAAUCGAUCCUUUGCUAUACAGGUUUGAACGGCAGAUAAAUCGAUUUAUCGCAAAGCACGACACGCCUUUAAAAUUUGCGUUGAGAACACUGGUUAACACGGGUUGAUUUCUCAAUUAGGUUCAGUUAGAAUCUGCGUAAAUUCUUAGCUUUUAUUCCGAAACUGACCGGGAAACGUGUUCUUCCACAUCAGUUCGGUUUUGCCCGGAAAGUCUAUUUUCUCAAAAAAUCUAACUUUUCCGCGACAUCGGAGAAAAAUUUUUCGGAUUCAGUAGCGACUUAUGUCGACGAAUACGCCUUGCGGUUUCUAUCAACGACGUUUUUACCUAUCAAAAUGCUUUAUCGGCCUAAAUACCCCUGCGUAAAGUUAUCCAAUUGUUUUGCGUCAGGAAAUAUGGAACUUAUUAUUUUCCUUCGUUUUUAAUGGGGCAAUCCUUUGUCACUCAAAUCGUAAAUGACUUUUAUUCUUCCAGCACCAAUCAGGUUUUUUUCCGAAAAUUGAAUUUUCAAAGAGGGAAGGGCGUCUUUAGCUGAGAACCUCUUUUAAAUAAAAUAUUUUCUUGGAUAACAGCCUUAGGUAAUUUUUGACUUCGAUGGUAAAAACCAGGGAAGGUGACCUCAUUAGACAUCAGAGAAAAAAAUGUGCUGUCCUCUACAAUGCGAAACAACCGAAAAACCUUCACGUGGUUGUAUAUACAGACGGACUGAGGCAUUUGACGGGAAAAGCCUCGUUAUCAGAAAUAUCAUCGUUUUUUCUUUACCGUGUACAGAUUUUCUGGCAAAUUGGAUUUUUCCGAGAAGAACUAGAUUUUUGGAGAUGAUUUUGAUUAAUCGAGCAAAAACGAACUGAUGCCGAAAAAUGGAGGUCUCUCUCGGAAUGAGCACUUCAGUUCUACCCAAAAUCAGUGUUCAACUUUUUGGCAAAUCUAAGGAAAAUUGUAUUUGUUAACAGGGGUUUUCCGGUGAAGGUAUACCAACCUCCCGUAUAUUUUAUAUCGCUGGAUCCGUGUUUGGAUCCUUCCAAAUUUGUUAAAGGGCCCAUGAGGGUACUCCGUACUCAUUGUUGCAUUUUUAAUAGGUCUUAAUUUUCGUUAAUCAUUCCUUUAUUACUCUCAGUCGAUCGUUCACUUGUUGAACGAGUUUUAUUUAUUUUUUGUUCGCUACCUAUCGUGUUGUUAUUAAUGAGCUCCCAUAUCGGUGUUACAUCUGAUGGAAAAGCGUUGAGGCUUGACUAUCUAUAAAAUUCAAAACAAUUGAUUGCAGGUAUCAAUUUUACUUACGAGUGUAUUAGCAAGCAUAGCGCAGAAAUUUUACGCCGAAAGAGAUCCAACCAACGUUGGAAAAAUGACCUUUCAAAAGGGUCUGUGACGCCUUGAAAAGGUUUUGAAUAUAAGAACUUGAAACUGUUUUUAAAUUAUUUUCAAGUUUCUGAACAUUCUCACCAUCUCAGAAAACAAAAUUUACUGAAGAAUCCUUAAAUUUUGAAUUAUUUGGUCAUUUUGUUACUAUCUCCAGAAAAUUGAUACUUUUCCCUCUACUCUAUUUCCUUUGGAUAAAUCGUAUAUAGCAUUGUCUUCAAAUCAUAAAUUUACCUGUAAAUAACCGAAUAUGAGCCGUGUAGGAAGACGGCAACUUCCAAUUCUAAACAUUCUUAUUCAAUGAUUUUAAAACAAUUUUUGUCCAUCUUCAAAUUCCAAGAAAAGUCCGUGAAAUCUUUUUUCGAAAAUCCAUGAAAUCUCUGAAAGUACUUGACUUUAUUUUAGUUUUCAAAACUGUCAUGCGCCCUAAUCAAGAUAAUAUAUAGUUUUACCGAAUACUCAGUAGAUCCUUACUUCAAGGAAUUUGCGGAAAAAAAGAAAAGCGCCUCUAGGCCCAGACCUUCGGAAAAGAGCUUAACUUUAGGGACCUUUUUGUUGUUAAUUUUACUGUAAAUAAUUUUUCUUUUUCUAUUUGUAAGUUGUUUCUAAUCUUUUUGUUAAAUACAAUUUUACAUUCACAUUAUCA